GAUCGAUUUGGACAGCUGGUAUCAUCCAACACCAAUAAAUCCGAUCAUGGCCGAAGUUCCCAUUCUAACAUCCGUCAUCAGCGACAUUUAGUAGUCCUGUGACAUGACGAAUCAUUACGAUUGCCUCUCUCUACGAUAGCCUACCAUGGGGCGCCUUUUCGUUUGCUUUAUCCUCCUGGUGCAGGCCCUCGUUUUUGCCUUCGCCGGAGCUCAGCAUGGCGCCAACUUGGAUAAGGAUGGCCGGGUCGAUAGACCAAACGCCGCCGGUGCGGCCUACACCGAAGUCGCGACUCCCCAGGGACGUGGUGCGCCUAUCCGGGAACCAGGGUCGGACCUCGUCGACGAUGCCAUGGCUGAAUUGAGAAAGAUACACCAUCCCUCCCAUCAUCGAAAACGGAAACCGCGCGGCAUCAUCGGCACAGUCCUGUACUAUGCCUUGAAAGCGGCCCCUAGUUUUCGCAUAAGUGCGCCGCCGGCCGAAUCCUCGACAACGACGAUCAGCGGACCUCUCCUCCAAGCGGUCAGGUUUCUCGAGGAGUCGUCGCAAAAGAACAACUCCGACGCACUCUACCUAUUGGCCGAGAUGAACUUCUACGGCAACUACUCGCACCCAAGGAAUUUCGAGGCUUCCUUUGAUUACUACCACAAGCUGGCGCAGCUCAAUGGGAACAGCUCGGCGUCGCACAUGGUUGGUUUCAUGUACUCGACUGGGGUCGGAGGUGCGGUGGAACGCGACCAAGCCAGAUCGCUGCUCUAUCAUACCUUCGCUGCAAACAGCGGGCACACAAAGUCGGAAAUGACUGUUGCGUACCGCUACCACGCGGGUAUAGGAACGCCAAAGAACUGCGAGACCGCUGUCAAGUACUACAAGAGAGUCGCAGACAAGGCCGUUGCGUGGUACCGGUCAGGCCCGCCGGGAGGGAUGAGCUGGUUUCAGGAAGCCUACCGCAUCGCCGACGAGACAGGAGGGGUCUUUGGCGAAGGUGCAAGCGUAUCUAGCGCCGGUGUCAACGCCGUCAAGGGACACCCAAAUUCCGGUGCUCACGCAUCGAUCGACGACAUCAUCGAGUACUGGGACCUGAUGUCGCAGAAAGGUGAUUUCAAGGCCUCUUUCAACCUCGGCCGCAUCUACUAUGAAGGCCAGAGGGGGUUGAAUCAGGACUUUAAGCUUGCGAGGGAGUACUUCUACGCCGUUACCCAGCGGUUUUGGAGGAAGGGCCGCGUUGUGGAAAAUCCCAAGCCAGGGCUGGAUAAGACCGCCGCCAAGGCUGCCGGUUACAUUGGGCGUAUGCACUUGAGAGGAGACGGAGUUGAGCAGAACUUCGACAGAGCCAAGAUAUGGUUUGACCAGGGCAUACUCUUUGGCGAUGCUCAAUCACAAUACGGCUUAGGGCUGAUACUGCUCCACGGGCUUGGUGUACCGCAGAACGUGGCCAGAGCGGCAGAGCUCUUCAAAUCCGCAGCCGAUCAGGACUUUGCUCCGGCGCAGGUGCAGAUUGGCGCUCUCUAUCUGGAUCAGGGUCAUGCCGACGAUAUUGGGAACGCCAACCACUUCUUCGAAAUGGCCGCAAGAUACGGCAACUUCGAAGCGUAUUACUACCUCGCGGAGAUGAACCUCGCCGGUAUUGGACGGGAGAAGUCGUGUAGUUCAGCAGCAAGUUUCUACAAGAGCGUGGCCGAGAGGGCAGAGCCAGUGGUUUCUGCCUGGGCCGAGGCCAACGCUGCCUAUGAAGACGGAGACUUGGAAUUGGCUUUCCUCGAGUACCUGGGUGCCGCCGAGCAGGGGUACGAGAAGGCCCAGAACAACGUCGCCUUCAUGUUGGAUCCGGAACAGUCGCGCCUGCCUCUCCCUGAGUUGCUAGGUCGGAAAAAAGAGAAGUCAUAUCUUUUGGAAAACCCUUCGCUGGCUCUCAUCUACUGGACGAGGUCGUCGAGACAAGGGAACAUCGACUCUCUGGUGAAAAUGGGGGAUUACUAUCUCCAGGGGAUUGGGACCGACUCGGACGUCGAGAAGGCUGUCCAGUGCUAUACCGGUGCGUCCGAGUACCACCAGAGCGCACAGGCGUUGUACAAUCUGGGCUGGAUGCACGAGAACGGGGUGGGCCUGAACCAGGACUUCCAUUUAGCUAAGCGCUACUAUGAUUCCGCACUGGAGACGAACGAAGAGGCCUAUCUUCCCGUCACGCUCAGCUUGCUCAAGCUGAGGGCGAGGAGCGCGUGGAACACCUUCACCCACGGCCGCAUCAACUCCAUCAGGGACGAGCCAGCCCCUAAAAAGGACUGGUCCCUGAGCGAGUGGAUCGCCAACUUCGUCCAGGACGACCUCUUCUUGUACGAUGACGCGGCAUACGACGACCUUUACGACGGCGCAAUGCCCGGUGGCGACUCGGACGUGGCAGGGGAUGUGGAUGAUGGGAUUAUCGAGAGCAUCAUCAUUGUGGGGCUGGCGGCGGCUCUUGUGUUUUUGGUUAUGUAUCGACAGCAAAGACAGCAGGCGGCGAGGAGAGCAGAGGAGCAUGCUGCAAGACGGCAGCAGCAGCGGCAUCAGCAGAGGCAUCAACACCAGCAGCAACACCAGCAGCAGCAGCAGCAGCAUGAGGAGCAGGGCGGCCAAGUGGCCGAGCCACAGGGCUUCCCACAAGCUGGCAACCCUGAUUUUGGCCAGUGGGCUGCUGGGGGCGUGGGGCAUUGAUUGAUGAUGGAUCAGAUAGAGGAUGGGCAUAUGUAUGUGUGUGAAUAGGAUCCACCAUGGCGUUAAAGGGUCAAUCACCACAAAAGGUACCUCCAAAAAGUACCUCGGAGGAGGUCAUAUCAGGAUUACGAGGUCUAGUCCUUCCUCUUCGUAGUGAAAUAAAUACUUCUCAUGACGUUGU